UCCAAUGAAGAAUGCGGAAAGGACAGGCUGCCAAAUGAGGCAGUACUUGGGUUGGUAAAUCGAGCAACUCUACUCUACACGGAGGAGGUUGGUUACGUAUCAGCAUUACUGGGUGUAUUCUUACCACACUGCACGGUGGUGAACGCACUGUAGUGGCAUGUACACAACACGGGUGUAUUUAUAAAACCAGGCACGUAACAACCACCACCGUUUUACCGACUGAGGUAUUAUAUAAUAUAGGAAGAAACGUUUUGCCCGCCCAGUUUUGUGGUCGACGUUGCAUGAGUUCAGCUGAACUGGCAGCAGUUCCGUCCCGGGACACAGCCAUGUCUGAGACGACCAAACCCCGGCUCAGCGAGGCUCAGGUGCUGGAGCUCGUACAGCGGCUCUAUGGCCUGGAGCGGUCCACCGUGCGCCCUCUACCCAGCUACGAUGACCAGAACUUCCACGUUGUGGCACCCGGAGGUGGAGGCGAAUACGUGCUGAAGGUCAUGAAUUCAGCGGACAGUACGAACCCCACUAUGAUCGACGUCCAGACGAGAGCGAUGAGUUUUCUGCAGGAACACGGCAUACCUGCGCAGACAGCCGUGCGCAACGCAGCGGGGGAGCUCAUGAACCUCGAGGAGAUCGAUUGUGGCUUCGGCUGUCAGAAGUUCAUGGUGAGGCUGCUGACCUACCUCCCGGGAACCACCAUUUCCACAGUGCCAUACACACCUCAGCUGCUGUACGAUGUCGGGAAAAUGGCCGCUAGGAUGGACCAGGUUUUUCUCAAGAUGGACCACCCCCACCUCUCUGCGCUACAACGGGACUCGUUCAUCUGGAGCCUGUCCAACGUCCCUCUCCUCGAGGGCUACGUCUACAGCAUGGACGGGGACCCUCUCCAGGAAGUAGUCAAAGUCGUUAUAGAAGAGUUCAAAACCAGCGUGCUACCGAGACGCCAUGCGUUCCGCAAGUGCCUCAACCAUGGCGACUUCAACGACCUCAACAUCCUGGUGGAGCCCGACCAGAGCGGCGACUACCGGAUCUCGGGCAUCCUGGACUUCAGCGACAUGAACAGCGGCCACUACGUGCACGAGCUGGCCAUCGCCAUCAUGUACAUGAUGAUCCAGCACCCCGACCCCGUGGCGGUGGGGCAGCCCGUCACGCAGGGCUGGGAGAGUGUGGUGCCCCUCAACCCGGAGGAGAGGGACUGCCUCUACCUGCUGGUGCUCUGCCGCUUCUGCCAGUCUCUGGUGAUGGCCCGCCACUCUGUGAGGCUUCAGCCCCACAACGAGGAGUACCUCAUGAUCACGGCCCGCACGGGCAUGCGCAUCCUCAGGCAGCUGUGGGACCUGGGGAAGGCGGAGGUGGAGAAGGUGUGGUUCCAGGACGGCCAGGGGAGGGUUUUAGUAGGGGACGGGGACAAAUGAGGAAACUUUUGUUCUUUUGAGUGUGUGAGUGUAUCAGAUGUUACUUGUUGUGGAUUUGAACACCACUGUGCCAAAUCAUGUCACCCAUGUGCCUAAAGGAUAAUCCCGACAAUGUCAAUAUGAUUAAAUGAACCUGAAGGAAAUGUAUGCUGUAUUUCUCUGUAUAUUGUUGAUCAUAGAGCCAAGAGUUGGAUGCUGUGAUUAUAUAAUCAUAAAUAAAAAAACAUAGGAGCAAAGCUAGUUUCCUUAGCAUCCUACAUUUAGAUGUCCUCAAUAAUUGCUGUAUCCUGUGUGUUCAUUUGACAAAAGCAGAAGACAUUGAAAGAGUGGCGAAGUCACGCCCCUUCCGGUAGAGCCAAUGGGACCUAUGAGAUCGAAAAAUAUACAUGGGUUUCAAUGGAAAGAAAUUAAUAAUCUUCUGGUCCCAGUCUUUAUAUGCCCCUGAUUACACAUACGUUUUUGGAUUAAAAUGAUAAUUUUUCAUCUCAA